AUUAACUUAAUGGGAUUCGGAAGUCAACAGGGAGAACGCGGAGAGACGGGAGGGAGCAAAAGAAGAGGAGGAGACUUCUUCCCUUCCCCUCUCUCUCUCUCUCUUGUCUUCUUUAAUGCAUCCCAAUUGAGAAGCUAGGGUUCCCUGUGGCCGGACAAAAUUCGGGUGAAAGGCUAGGUUUUGAUUCCCAUAUCGAUCACAUCUCCCACCUCCUUUAGGAGACACAAACACUGUUCUUGUUCUUCCGCUGCUAUUCUCGUCUGAUUUGGUUUGGUUUAUGAUCCCCACCGGAGAAGUUCCUCUGGAUUUCCAUCUCGCUCGAUGCUGCUCUUUGUUAUAGAUUUUGAUAUCACUUUGGAUUAAUCCUUUAGGAGGCCUUUGUUGUGUUUUCUCGGAUCGGAUGGGGCAGUUAGAACAAAGGUCGUCAUAACGUUUGCUUUCUAUACUUUGAUCUACCUUUCCAUUUCAUGAUCCUCUUUGCUUUUCGUUGACUUCGUUACUUCAUUCAUUCCCAAGAUUCCAUCAAACUAUAAACUGUUCGUGAAAAUCGCAUCUUCGUAGUCCCACAUCCAGUUCUUCUAUAGCAUCUUUUCAGAACAAAUCAAGAUUUCCCAGAGUUGGUGUAUAUUGCAUUCGAUACUGUACAUUGUGAUACUUUCAACUCUUUCUCAGUGUGUCCGGUAGUACCUUAGUUUGGUGUAGCUGAAUAGUUGUUUGAAAUGAGGCUCUUGGUGCAUGUGAUUGAAGCCCGGAACCUCCUUGCAAUGGAUCUCAAUGGCCUGAGUGAUCCGUAUGUAAAGUUACAACUAGGAAAGCACCGAGCUAAAACAAAGGUGGUCAAGAAGAAUCUGAACCCUGUGUGGGAUGAAGAGUUUAGCUUUCGAGUUGGAGACCUCAAUGAGGAGCUCACAGUAUGUGUUUUGGAUGAAGACAAGUACUUCACUGAUGAUUUUCUGGGACAGGUGAAGGUUCCGCUAUCAAUAGUCUUGGAUGCAGAGAACUUGACCCUUGGAGCAACCUGGUAUCAGCUGCAGCCCAAGGGCAAGAAGUUGAAGAGCAAAGAUUGUGGAGAAAUUCGUCUAACCAUAUCUAUGAACCAGAAGAAUACUGAAGAAGCAUCUGCUGGCACACGAAUCAUUUCUGAUGAUCUUGCAUCAAAUUCGGAUAGAUCAGGCGAGUUAACAAAGGGAAGGCAUUCAUUAUCUUUAAAUGAUGAUACAGAAUCAGCUGCUGCACCAGUGCUUAAUGAAAUGGAUUCUCUUAAGGAAGAGAAACCAAAUGCAGGAACUUUUGUGGAUCGUCUGUUUCAGUUAUUUGGUGGGAAAAAUGUAGAGCCUACAUGUUCUUCCACUAGGGAUGUUGAUUAUUCAGAAAAAAUGCAAGAUGUACCAGCAGAUGAAGAUUGUGAAGAGCAAAUGGUUGAAGCAUGUGCCGAUCUCCCAUUUGAUGAAUUAUUGAAAACUAUGGAAUCAAAGGUUCAAAGUGAAAUGCCUGCAAAUUUGCCAGGAGGUGUACUUCUUGACCAAUCUUAUUCUGUUGCUCCAGGUGAUCUAAACUCCUUUCUCUUUUCGCCGAGUUCAAAUUUUUGGCAAUCACUGGCUGAGGUUCAAGGAACCACUGGUUUUCAAGCUGAACCUUGGAGACUUGAAAAUGGUGGGGAGAGCUUGAAAAGAGUUGUUACAUACACAAAAGCUGCAACUAAAUUAGUAAAGGCUGUGACAGCUACAGAGGAGCAGACUUAUUUAAAGGCUGAUGGGAAAAAUUUUGCUGUUUUAGCAAGUGUGAGCACACCUGAUGUUCCUUUCGGCAGCAGUUUCAGGACAGAGCUUCUCUUCUGCAUAAUGCCAGGGCCUGAAUUGUCUUCUGAAGAACAAUCGUCUCGUCUGGUAAUAUCCUGGCGCACGAAUUUCCUACAGAGCACUAUGAUGAAGGGAAUAAUUGAAAAUGGAGCAAGGCAAGGUUUGAAGGACAGCUAUAUACAGUUUGCUGAGUUGCUCUCCCAGAGUAUAAAACCGGUUGAUUUAAAAGAAACUGCAUCUAGCAAGGAGCAGAUCCUAGCUUCUAUGCAAGCUGAGCAGGAGUCAGACUGGAAAUUGGCAUGUCGAUUCUUUGGAAAUUUCACUGUCAUAUCUUCUGUCUUUGCGGUCUUAUAUGUUCUUGCCCACCUCUUGCUUGCAAAUCCUAGCACAAUUCAAGGGCUUGAGUUCCCUGGCUUAGAUCUCCCAGAUUCAAUUGGUGAGAUUGUCGUUUGUGGGGUUCUUGUUCUACAAGGAGAACGUGUUCUAAAUAGGGUCGGACGUUUCCUACAGGCAAGGAAGCAAAGAGGCAGUGAUCAUGGGAUCAAAGCACAAGGGGAUGGUUGGUUACUAACUGUUGCUUUGAUUGAGGGUAGUAAUUUAGCAGCUGUGGAUUCAACUGGAUAUUCUGAUCCUUAUGUUGUCUUUACAUGCAAUGGUAAAACAAAAACAAGCUCAAUUAAGUUCCAAACACUGGAUCCUCAGUGGAGCGAAAUCUUUGAAUUUGAUGCCAUGGAUGAUCCCCCAUCUAUGAUGAAUGUGGAUGUUUAUGAUUUUGAUGGACCUUUUGAUGAAGCUACAUCCCUUGGUCAUGCUGAAGUGAAUUUUCUAAAAUCUAAUUUAUCCGACCUAGCAGAUGUUUGGAUCCCUCUUCAGGGUAAGUUAGCUCAGGCAUGCCAGUCUAAGUUGCAUCUGAGGGUUUUCUUAAACAAUACACGAGGCAAUGAUGUUGUCACAGAGUAUAUAUCAAAAAUGGAGAAAGAGGUUGGGAAAAAGAUAAUAUUGAGGUCUCCACAGACAAAUUCUGCUUUCCAGAAGCUGUUUGGUCUGCCAGCUGAAGAAUUUCUGAUCAAUGAUUUUACUUGUCACUUGAAGCGCAAACUGCCUAUGCAGGGUCGCCUUUUUCUCUCUCCCAGAAUAAUAGGUUUCUAUGCAAACCUUUUUGGACACAAAACAAAGUUUUUCUUUCUCUGGGAAGAUAUUGAUGAUAUACAAGUAAUUCCUCCAUCAUUGGCAACGAUGGGGGGUCCAUCUCUUCUGAUUAUUCUCCGGAGAGGCAGAGGCAUGGAUGCAAAGCAUGGAGCUAAGGCUCUUGAUCCAGAUGGCAGACUUAGGUUUCAAUUCCAGUCAUUUGUGUCAUUUAGUGUAGCCAACAGGACAAUCAUGGCACUGUGGAAAGCAAGAGCCUUGAGCCCUGAACAAAAGGUGCAGAUAGCUGAAGAAGAAUCAGGAGCAAGAACUUUGCAGGGUGAAGAGAUUGGAUCUUUCUUAGUCUUAGAGGAUGCUAACAUGUCAGAAGUCUUCUCCUCUGCUGUUGAUGUUGAUAUCAACACACUGAUGGAGUUAUUUGAUGGAAGUUCAUUGGAACGAAGAGUAAUGGAAAAGGUUGGUUGUGUUGACUACUCCGUAACACCAUGGGAAGCAGUUAAAGGAGAUGUGUACCAAAGGCAAAUUUAUUUUAAAUUUGACAAGAAUUUAUCCCGUUAUGGGGGGGAAGUGACUAGCACCCAGCAAAAAGCUCCUUUACCCAAUAAAAAUGGAUGGCUUGUUGAAGAAGUGAUGGCCCUCCAAGGUGUGCUGCUUGGGGACUAUUUCAAUCUUCACUUGAGAUACCAAAUAGAUGAUCUGUCCCCCAAGUUGAAGGCAUGCGAUGUGCACGUAUCACUGGGGAUUGCAUGGCUGAAGAGCACCAAACAUCAGAAGAGGAUAACGAAGAGCGUUAUAUCGAAUUCGUCACUUCGACUAAAGGAGAUGUUCAGUAAACUUGAGGAUGAACUCACACAACUAAAAUAAACCACAACGGUAUGCUAGUACUCAUAAUGUACAUUCCCCAGGCUUGCUUAACAUGAAACAUAGUAUAGCUCUUCAGUUGCACUGAUCUGUUGCAUGUAAGGAAGGUCGGUCAGAGAUGCACAUAGCAUGCGAGAAAUGGUAAAAUGCAUUGAGAUUAGCAUCGAGCCUUCCUUACUCGAUUGCAGAAAGGCAUUGAGGUCAUGAUUGGUAAUCAUCUGUAGUUAACUAGCCUCUACAUUCACUAACUUGAGAGAACUCGAUCAUAGAGGAAAUGUGGUAUGCCAUAAAUUUAGUCAGUGGUGGAGUCGACACUAAAGAAUCAGUUCAUUGGCAUUGUUUGGACUUUGUACUAUAAUUUUUAGGUUUUCUUUCAGUUGACAAAUAGAGAGGUCUGUAACAUGGGAUACCUAUUACAAGUUGGCAUCCAUGGCAACUAGAUCGGCGAAAUUGCAGUGGAAUCCAAAUCUAAAGUUCUUCCGAAGCUGUUAGUAUUCUGUGAAGUAUAUAGAGAACUACCUUCACUGUUAAAAAACUAUAUUGUUCAGUUACAUAUUUGAGAAUUCUAAUUGUUUGUUAUCAACAUCACAAGAAAUUGAUUCUUGGAAGGACUUCUGUACAUCUUUCAAUAUGUUCUCAAUAAAACAGCCUGCAAUAUUUUAGACA